AAACUCUCGUCCUUCUUAGUGAUGGCGGYUUCGUUUCGAUCUCUCCCUUCCAGCAAUAACAACAAAUGGUACUUCACCCGACCACAAAUCGACAACAGUCCAUCUCGGAGAGCAGGACUGGACCCAGAUAAGGAACUGUCCUACAGACAACAAGCGGCAAACCUGCUCCAGGACAUGGGCCAGCGGCUCAAUGUAUCCCAACUUACUAUUAAUACGGCGAUCGUGUACAUGCAUCGGUUUUACAUGGUCCAGUCUUUCACCAGGUUUCACAGAAAUGUUAUUUCUCCUGCCGCUCUUUUCCUCGCUGCAAAAGUUGAGGAGCARCCCCGAAAGCUGGAGCACGUCAUCAAGGUGGCCCACGCCUGUCUCAACCCUCAGGACCCAUCUCCGGAUGUGCGCAGUGAUGCUUACCUGCAACAAGCCCAAGACCUGGUCAUUCUUGAGAGCAUAAUUCUSCAGACCCUGGCGUUUGAAAUCACAAUUGAUCAUCCUCACACACAUGUUGUCAAGUGCACUCAGCUCGUUAGAGUUAUUCCAGCCAGUAAAGAUCUGGCCCAAACGUCAUACUUUAUGGCAACCAACAGUCUGCACCUGACCACGUUCUGCCUUCAGUACAGCCCACCUGUCGUCGCCUGUGUGUGUAUCCACCUCGCCUGCAAGUGGUCCAACUGGGAAAUCCCGGUGUCUACAGAYGGGAAACACUGGUGGGAGUACGUUGAUCCCACGGUUACCCUCGAGCUGUUGGACGAGCUCACCCACGAGUUCCUYCAGAUCCUGGAGAAAACUCCCAGUCGACUGAAACGCAUUCGCAACUGGAAGGCUGGAGGUCAAACACCAAAGGUCAAGCCAAAGGUUCAAGAAGAGGGUGAUCAGAGGGACACGAUCAUUAAUAUGAUCUCGAUGGCCUCAUCGGAGAGUACUGUAGCAGGCCUGAUGAGCCUCUCCGCUCCACCGUCCACGACCUCUUCCUCGUCCAUGGGGGACAAGGACAGGGGAGUGUCUGGGAGCGCUCAGACCUGGAGUGGAAAAGGUCAGGCUGGAACUGAGCAGCAGGCCAACCAUGAGGUCCACGUCCCACCUCCGGCCAAGGUGUCGCUGAGUGAGUAUCGUGCGAAGAAUGCCGAUGUCCUGGCAGCCCAAAAGAGAAAGCUGGAAAACAUGGAGGCCAGUGUAAAGAGAGAAUAUGCCAAUGCAGCCCAGGCUCUGAUUGGCCAGCAGCAGAGGAAGGAGAGGCAGCAGCAUCAUCACCAUCAGCAGCAGUCCAGCUCCUCUUCCUCCACUGACAUGUCCAACCCCUCACCCAUCAUUCUUAAGAUCCCCUUAGAGAAGGAGAGGUACGAUCGGCCUCUCAAAAUGCGUUUUCCAGUGGCUGGGGGCGGCGGCGGUAGCGGGCAUGAUGGUGCCCGAGGUCAGGAUCAGGACAUCAAAGUCAGAAUAAAAGUGCCUGAAAAGCAACGGGGAAGUUCAGGAGAGGAGGGCAAGAGCAGAGAUAAACACAGGGACAGGGCUAACCAUCAUCACCACCACCAAAACCAUCAUCACCAUCACCACUCCUCCUCCAGCGGUGCUUCGCUCUCCUCCUCUUCACACAAACACUCAUCCAGUUCCAGCGGGGCACUAGGAAGCAGCAGGAAAGCCCCGAGUGGUGACUCUAGAUCCAGCUCUUCAUCCUCCUCCUCCUCCCGAAAGAGGACACACUCCCAGGAUCACACAGCCAGCUCCCACCCGCCCACUAAAGUCGGCAAGACCUCUAGGAAUCCCUACCAGUUACCGUCCCUGUCUUCCUCCACCGGGCAGACUGUGGGUCCUGACCUACUGCCUUCUCUGGGCCUUCCCCACAACCAAGGAGCCUAUUCCCACUCUAAAAGUGACAAGACGGACACUAACGGGCACGGCUCAGCAGGGGGAGGCCAGUCUAACGAGUACCAGGACACUUUUGAAAUGCUGAACUCGUUACUGAGCGCUCAGGGUGUGCAGCCCUCGCAGCCGUCCAUGUUUGAGUACAGAUCUCAGUACGGGGACUACCGGUACGCUGGUGGCUCCAGAGGGAACAACUCCAGACCCCCACCCCUACCUUCAGAACCACCUCCCCCUCUUCCACCAUUACCCAAAUAAGCUUCUGAUCAGGACUCAUUAGUGUCUGUUGUACUUGAAAUCCCAAACAUCCAUUUUGUUACAUAAAACAUUGUAUGAUAUUUCUUUCUUUUCUUUUUCUUUUAAACUCUACAUUUUGAUAGGCUGGAGCAUGAUGGGGGAAAAUGUACUAAAGGAGUUUUUCUUGUUCAGUUUUAACUUGUGGGGCAAUAAUGAGGUUUGUGAGCCUUUUUUUAAAAUGUGAGACAGAAAGGCUUUAAGAAAAGUGUAGAUAUUUUUCUUUUUCUGCUCAAUUCCAUUGAAAUGUGACGAUAGGGGUUCAUUUAGGAAGACAUUUUUAACGUUCUAAAGAAAUCUAAACUGCCAUCCGAUACCUUUUUAGGUUUAUCAAAUGUUUUUGUAAUGGUUUUAUAGUAUGUUAUUUAUUGAUUGAGUGAUUUUUUAAAAAAAAUUAGUCUACCUUUUUUAAGGUUGACCUCUCUGCUCUGUCCAGGCAGAAGAAAUGUUUUCAUCACGACUGUACAGGCUAGUUUGAGAGUGCAUGUUUUCAAAGCCAUCUUUUGUUACUUUGUUUAAAAAAAAAUU